GGCUCCUCUAUACACCUCAAGAAAAUACUAAGAUGGCUGGAGCUCUGACUUUCCUCCUCAUCUGCUGUCUGCUGAACGGCGUCCUGUGUGAACAGUUUACGGUCACUUUGCCGAAGACUAUAGAGGUUCUGAAAGGAUCCUGUGUGACCAUCCCCUGCUCCUUUGAGAUAACGAGCACAUAUCAAAAUGACUUAGAUAACACAUGUAAAGCCAUAUGGAAAAACAUAGAUGAGAAUAUCUAUAGCAGCGAUAAUCCAAAACUAACUACAACAAAAGAAAUGACAGGAGACUUAACAAGAAAAGACUGCACCACAACCUUCAAUAAUAUGCAUCUUGAUCACACCAAUGACUAUUACUUCAGACUGCAUUGUGACAAUCCACUGAAAUGGACUUUUCAGGAUGUUUCUGUGAAUAUUCUUGUCAAAGCUGAUCCUCCCUCACCGACUCUGACUCCGUCCACACUGGAGGUGACGGAGGGAACCUCAGUGAGGUUGAAGUGCUCUGCUCCAGCUCCCUGUCUGUCUCAACCUCCAACUCUGACAUGGACCCCCAGGCUGGGGGACAGUCAGGAGACACUGCAAGAGAAUCAGGACAAAACUAAAGUCGUGACCUCUGUUCUGACCUUCACUGCUUCUCACCUCCAUCAUGGAAAGACCAUCUCCUGUGCUGCCACCUACAACAAACAAGAUGGCAGCUCUUCGUCAUCUGCUGGCAGUGUUUUAACAGCUGAUAUUUCAUAUUCACCAAAAAGCACCAGUGUGUCAGUCCGUCCCUCUGGUCCAGUGCCAGAGGACACCAAUGUGACACUGACGUGCACUAGUGAUGCCAAACCAGCAGUCAGGAGUUAUACCUGGUACAGAGCUGAUGGAGGACAGGAGACUUUCAUCGGGACUGGACAAACUUUAAAUAUCAGAGCUUCUAAACUCACUGCUGCUUUUAUCUGCAUGGCUGAAAAUUCUCUUGGAGCUGGACGAUCCAACAUCAGACAAAUAGAUGUUCAAUUUCCUCCACAGAUUCUACACUCAUCUGUUUGCACCAAAACUGUAAGCCAGGUCAACUGUUCCUGUGAGACUGUGGGAAACCCUUCCCCUGUUUUACACUGGAAUUUGGAUGGGCUACCUGUAGAUCACUCUGACAAGUUUGCAAUCAGCGAUGAGUUGCUAAAUGACACAGGUGUGAGGAGCGUCAUCACUGUGAGUCAGCCACAAUGGGGCGAUCUUUCCACCUUGGUCUGCCACAGCUCCAACUCUCUGGGAGCUGCCAGUCAACGUUUCUGUGUCACCAGCUUUGAGCAACAAACCUCUGCAGGAAGUCAAGUCCAAGUGACGCUGCCAGUCUUCAUCACCACAGUCGUCACUCUACUAGUACUAGUAUGUGCUCUGCUGUUAGUUAUCAGGGUUCAGAGGAUUCAUCAUAAGCUUCCUGAGAGUCAGUGUACUGGUGACACCAGCGCAUUUGCUAUGGACCAACUUCUAACAAGAAGCGAGGGAAAUGAGGCACCCAACACAACAGAAGAGGACAUUUAUGCCAACACCCAUGGCCUGAGACAGGGAGACAUCACCCAACCUGCAACUACCUCUGAACCAAACAGCACCAACUUGCCAAGCUCUGGACCAAACGAUGCAGAAGAAGCCAGUAAAAGCUCAGAGAAGACGAAUGAAGAUGGGAGUGAUGUGGUUUACUCUACUGUGAAUUGGAGGAGCAAAAGCAGGAAGAAGCAAGAAGACUCUGUGGACAUGGUUCCACCUGGUACCUCCUAUCUGGAGGAGGAGAGGUGCAUAGUGGGAGACAUGGGCAGAAAUUUUGUGAGCCACGCACUGGAGAUGAGCCUAUAUGAAGAAGUGGAGCCUAAAACUGUGAAGGAGGAAGUGGAAUGUGAAUAUGCUCAGGUUAAAUUCAAAGACAAGAGUGCUAAGAGCAAAUAGGUCACUGUUUUGUUGGUAGUUGUUGCUUUUAACCAAACUACGACAUAGAAAUAAAAAAAAAAAAAAAAAAAAAAAAAAAAAACAGGAUUACUACGUGCAUUUGUUUUUCAGCUCAUGACUGAUUUUAGUUUGGUUUUUUUUCUACAUAAUAAUGAACAUUUUUUACUAUUGCUAGGGCGUACUGUGUUCAUGCAAAAUUUUAUAAAAUGCCGUAUAUUCAGAUUUGUUCUCUGCUUUUAUGCGGAUGUUGGUCAUAUGUAAAUUAAGACGCUGCUGUUUUACAUUUAUUUGACAGUCUGGCAAAUAAUAUUUUAUUCUACAGAUUGUUUUUAACAUUUGCUUUUCUGUUUAAAUUGUGCUGACUGUAAAUAUAUGUAGAUGAAGAGAGAGAUGGAUUUUUAAUUUUUUUUUGCAAAUAUAACAGUUGAUUAACUUAUCUUUUAGGUCUUGAGUUGCAGGUGUGUAUUCUUUCAGGACUUUUUUCACAUCAGACAAUUUGGUAUGUUAUUUCAGGAAAUGUAACUGACAACAUAAAAAAAAAUAAAAAAAAUAAAAAACGCAUUGCAUUUAGGUGAGUUGGAUCCAGAGUCCUGUUAUUGCACAUGCUGGCUCACUGGGACACUUGGACCUGCUAUAACAUGUCAAAACGUGUGCCAUGAAAAAUGUCUAUAGCUGAAAGUUUCCAUCGAUCUGCGAUUUUGUAUUUAAUAUAUCUUUAAUGCAUCUUACCCUUGCCACUGUGUUUUAGACAUGUACUGUACAUCAAGUCUUUAGUACACGAGAUUUUAGAAACAGGCAAGAGAGCCUCUCUUUUAAGCUUUCUCGUCUUCCAGGCUGACUGCUUUAAAUGAGCUCCAGCAAGUUUCCUGUUCAAGACUGAAUAGAGCAGAGGGGGUGUAGAGAGGAUUAGGUGGUGGUAAAGUGGUGGACUUGGUAAGUCCAGUAAUAGAUCAGUGGAGCAUCACAGACACAUUCACACAGCAACUCAUCUAGCAAGGUAAGCCCUCUUGUCCAUAUCAGUCAAAGAAAAAUAUAAAAUCCAGUGACUAUUUUUUUUUAAUUCUCAAAGCAUAAUACUUGCUUCCCUAUGACAUGUUAGAGAAUAAUGGGCUGUGCAGGUAUGAACAGAGAUUUAAGAAUACCUUUUCUGAACUGUAAUAAGCCUGGAGGUAUUUGAAGCCUUUAAGUGUGAAGAGGAUUCGUAGUGACAUGGUGACUUACUAAUACAUGACUAAAAUACGAGACAUCAUUAAACGUCUGCUCAGUAUUUUAAACACCGUCUCCUGUGUCAGGGUGUAAAAUAGCAUAGUAAUGUGCAGAAAUAGUACAAUACAAAAUCAUCAUGAUCUAACAGUAGACACAUUGUUACAGCUGCUGUGUUUCAGAAAUUAAGAGGUGACUUACUGAAUGGUGUACAGUGACUACUCUCUUCAUGGAGACUGUUCAUCUGCUCAGACUGCUGAUCUUAUUUAAUGGUAAUGUUGAGCUUUCUGUUUGUAUUUCGUUUUUCUGUUUGUAUUGUAUAUUAAACAUAAAGAUAUGACAAUAUGCUUAUAUUUCGAAUAUUAGUGUCAUCUUAUAAGGACAUAACUAUGAUAAACUUCUGGGAAUAUAGCUGAGAAAAAAAAAAACAGCUUUAAACCUGCAAAAUUAAGAAUUUAACUAUUGCCCACACUCCUCAUUAUUACCAACAUUAUUAUUAGAAACCUGUAACUUUUUUUU